UCAAGUCAAGUCAAGUCAUCUUUAUUUAUAGAGCACAGUUAAAACAGAUAAACUGCUAUCAAGGUGCUUUUACAACAGACAGAACAAGAUAUAACAGCAAUAAAUAUAUCAAAAGGUAGAAUAACUGAAUUUCAAAGAAAACAACAGAGCAAAAUACACUUGGUCAGCUCACCCAGUAUUAAACACAAGAGAGAACAGAUGAGUUUUUAGGAGUGAUUUAAACAUGUGAACGGAGGUGGCCAGCCUAAUGUUGAGGGGUAGGUUGUUCCAAAGUUUGGGGCCGAUGACUGAAAACGCCCGAUCUCCUCGGAGCUUCAGUCUUGUUUUUGGAACCUCCAGGAGCAUCUGAUUAGAUGAUCUCAGAGCCCGAGAGGGAACAUAUGGUAAUAGCAUAUUAAAUAUAACAUAUAAUAGCUAGGCAAUUGUCAAAUAAUUUAAUAGACUUCCUUAUAUUUUAGUCACAGACUUUCUAGGCACACCUGGCUCGUGUGAAAAUGAGUACUUUUAAGUGAAAGUGUUUAAAAUGCCUAUGUCCACAAAGUGUUUUGAACUCUCGCGGGAACMUCCGGGACCACAGAUGCGUUGUUGUAUUGAGUUCAACGGAAUCUCGCGAUAGUUGGAUGAGAGCACCAGUGGUGACGAGAAGUGGUGUGGGACGGGAGAGUUGUCGAAGAACAAGGAGACGAGACGGAGCAGAGCAGUAGGGGGUGUGUGCAAGAGUGUGUUUUUGUGAGGUCCAGGAAAACCAGUAGCAUAACACGGUGUGAAUGAGACAGGCAAACUGGCGAAUUUCAACAUGGCAUCCGGAGAUACUCUGUACAUUGAGACAGACGGCUCGGAGAUGCCCGCCGAGAUCGUGGAGCUCCACGAAAUCGAGGUAGAGACGAUACCGGUGGAGACUAUCGAGACCACGGUUGUCGGCGAGGAUGAUGACGAUGAAGACGAAGACGACGACGACGAUGAAGACGACGACGGGCAGCCCAUGAUCGCGCUCCAGCCCCUGGUAACAGACGACCCCAGCUCGAUCCACCACCACCAGGAGGUAAUUCUGGUCCAGACUCGGGAGGAGGUGGUCGGUGGGGAUGAUUCGGAUCUGCAUACGGACGACGGUGGCGGAUUCGAGGACCAGAUUCUCAUCCCGGUGCCAGCUCCGGGUGUUGAGGACGAGUACAUCGAGCAGACUUUAGUGACUGUGGCCGGGAAGAGCUCCGUAGGUCGGGUGAAACGAGGCGGCGGCACUGGUGGAAAGAAAGCGGGCAAAAAGAGCUAUUUAAGCGGCGCAGAGGCCGGUGGAAGAAAAUGGGAACAGAAGCAGGUGCAAAUAAAGACUCUGGAAGGAGAAUUUUCCGUUACAAUGUGGGCAUCGGGUGACGAUAAAGACAUUGACCAUGAAUCAGUGGUGGAGGAGCAGAUCGUUGGGGAGAACUCGCCGCCGGAUUACUCCGAGUACAUGACGGGGAAGAAGCUGCCCCCUGGGGGCAUCCCUGGGAUCGACCUGUCGGACCCUAAACAGCUGGCUGAGUUUGCCAGAAUGAAGCCCAGGAAGGUCAAAGAAGAUGAUGCUCCCCGGACGAUAGCCUGUCCUCAUAAAGGCUGCACAAAGAUGUUCAGGGAUAACUCGGCCAUGAGGAAGCAUCUCCACACCCACGGGCCUCGUGUGCACGUCUGCGCAGAGUGCGGCAAGGCCUUCGUGGAGAGCUCCAAACUCAAGCGCCACCAACUCGUUCACACAGGGGAGAAACCCUUCCAGUGUACCUUUGAAGGCUGCGGGAAAAGGUUUUCUUUGGACUUCAACCUGCGCACACACGUGAGGAUCCACACUGGAGACCGACCAUACGUCUGCCCCUUUGACGGCUGCAAUAAGAAGUUCGCCCAGUCCACCAACCUAAAGUCUCACAUCCUCACACACGCCAAAGCCAAGAACAACCAAUGAGAACCCGUUUGUCGACAUCAAGCUACGAAAACGACAACAAAAACAAACACACAAGCGUUCUACUGGCACACGUGAAACCUCUUUUGAAGACGUAAUGAAAAGCUUGAGACUUUUUGAUUUCUAGAGAAAAUCUGACAGAUUAAAAGACACAAAGACACUGAAAUCCAACUGGUUUUUCCUGAGCCCCCCCCACACCUCUUCUGCUGUCGUUUUGGAUGAGGAUCACGUUGAAACCCCCUUCCAACCCCUUUAAAAAAGACACGGCCAGCAGUUCUUUCUUUAUUGACACUUUGGUACUAGAAGAUGGAAUUCAUGGAUGAAUAUUAGAGAUUUAUUUUUACCUGAGAAAUCAGACAGACGGUGGUAUAUAUGAGUUUUAAUUUUUGCUUUUAUUUCCCUUCAAGUGUGCAUAUUGUACACGUGUCUCAGGCUGUGUUUAGAAUGUGUUUUUUUUUUUUUUUCAUUUUCUCCUGCAACAUAGAAUCAUACCCUUAAAACGGAGGAGAAAAAAAGGCCUCUGUCAGCUUGAUUCACACAUUCUAGCGAUUUUAAAAAGCAACUGUGUUUGCCUCUCUGCACCUCCCUUCAGUUGUGUUUUUUUUCCCCCUUCUAACCACAAAAUAACCUUGUAUACUUGUAUUGUAUGGCUGUAUUAAAAUAAAGUAGACAUAGAGGUGUGAUUUAAAGUGUUAACCAGUUAAACCUUUAGUCAUGAGUUGCUUUAUAUUUUAUAUUAACUGUCUUUAACACAGAUGAUUGAGUAAUAUAAACGUCCUCGGAGCCAGCUGAAGCGUCCGAAGUGUACAUUGAAAUGACUGCGAGACCAUCACUUCUUUGUUAGAAUGUAAUGUAAAGAAGUCAACCAUUAACUUCUUUUUGUUGCUAUUUACACCCAUGUAUCUCAACUGCCCACAAUAAAAUGGGUCAUUCCAACUCUGUCAAAUGAG